CGCUCUAAAUGAAGUGCACAUUUAAUACUUUGCGUGUGCCGGGUGUACAUAUCAAGGCAUUAUUAUGUUCAGUGUUGGCUGUUAAUGCUUAUAAAUUGAAUUGUAUGUCAAUGGAAAAAACAAAAAGGAUACCUGCUACAUUACAGAUACAACAAUACGUGCUCUUCCCAUGGAUAAUAUGCACAGGUGCAUACUACUAUUGAUAUUUAAAGUGUGUUUAUAUGAACGCAUUGUUUUAUUGUGAAUAAGCAAGGCAUUUAUUGGUUCUACAAAAUGAAUUCUUCAUAUGCUUACCGAAGCCCUGUUUUUCGCCGAUCAAUUUCAUGCGACAGUUCAGUAGAAACAGUCAACAUAGAGGACGACACCGCCUCUCAAGGCAGACGAGAACAAAGGAGGGAAAAUAGGCAAUUCUAUCAACGUUGCUCUCUUAAAGUGACUUGUGGGGUGACUAAUGGCGUAUGGUUGGUCUUGUGCACAGUCUUGAGUGUCGUUGUAUAUAAACAACAUUGUUCGAAUCAACCCGCAGCUGCUCCGUCCAACACUUCGGCUUUGGCCGCCGGUAACAGUACAUUAACUGGACCCGAUACGCAGGAAAAAAUCGAAUACAGCAUCAACGUUAAGAGAAGUUCGUGUCAAGGAGUAUACUGCAGGCAGUGCAACUUGACUAUAAAUGCCUCUGUUAAACCAGUAAAACAUCAUGAAGGUAAUGAUUGCCAGCGCUAUUAUUCCCAUACAGGUUAUCGCGACUGUGCCGCUAAUUCUAGCUUUGGUUGCAUCGGCAAGUGUAUGGACUGCAACGGCACGUGUAGGAACUACAGCAGCAUGGUUCAAUAUCUGGGCAAACAAUCGCCUUGCACAGAGGAUAUAGAAACAAUUAAGUGUUGCACGUUGCUGCAUAUGCUUCCGGAUAAUUACUGUCGCAACGGCGGGAACUUAUCUUGCGAAGGUGAUAUGAACAAACCAAAAUGCACGUGUCCGGUGGGAUGGACCGGAGACAUUUGUGAGACUCGAAUGAAUGAGACUGUGACCUGUAAAUGCUUCAAGACCGAAAUCACGUGGAACUCUUUCUGUGGCGAAAAUGAUAUGUACAACUGUACCGACGACGACAGGCCGGAAAACUGGACAGAGUGCCGACAUACCAUUGAGAGGGUGACGUUCAGUCGAUGUGUUUGUGAAAAGUCUGAAGUACACCACUCUACGACAUCCUUACAGGAAUGUGACAAGGAGGAGAUUUCUGUCCUGAACCAAGAGGCUUUAAUCCAAUCAAAAAUUACAUCUUUCACUCCUUCUUUGUCUUCAAAUGGAGCUGCAAUGGUCUCGAGGAGUGCAGCCAUCACAUUAACCUUUCCAUUAAUACUAAUAUACAGUAUACUGUUUCAAGCCAACCAUUAUAUCUGAAAACGGCAUGUUACCACAGAGGGCUGGAACGGUGUGGGGAUAGAACUUUUUUGAAUUUGAAUUUGAAGAACUUGAACACUCAAAAAUUGACAUUUUUGAUCAAUCGGUGUAGAAGUCGCAACACAGCGAACACCAACACCGUAGGAUUGUAAAAACAACUUGACAAAAUGAUGUCGCUCACCGCGUGAAUUGAAAGCAUGUAAGACAAGUGAACACGCUCUACUUGUGAUAUUGCGAAACGAUAUGUAGAAACAUCGUGCUGUGCUCGGCGUGUUUAUUUCCGCAGCAUUUUUACACAUCACAUUUCAAUUGUGGCCAGCAAAUAAGACGGUCAAGUGGUCCAUACUAUAGUGUCCGCGUCCUGUCUCUGGGGGAGCUGGUAACAGAGUUCGCAUGCGCGUAGAAUCCACGACAAGUAACUGGCGUACAUGACAAAACACCUUGUGACAUAUCAUUGUUGUUGUAGACGGAUUAAAUAUUGUGUGCAAUCUUCAGUUGCAUGACCAGCUCAAAUUGACAAUUUACAAUUUACCAUGUUUAUGUUCAGUGUACGUGCGUAAAUUUAGUAUACAUGGUCAGUUAUGUUCUGCCGUUGAUGAUGUAAAAUACUUUUAGUCAACUUACGUUGCCAGUAACAAUGAAUAUAGUAAACAAAAAGAUGAAUUCCGAUGACGUAUUGUUUGUGGUUGUGUUCAAACUUGAUUUAUGGCAUUGAUCGAAUAAUGGCAUUUAUUGCGUAGCAGUGUGGAAACAUGAUUUGCUGUAACAUUUGCAAAUAUUCGUUGAAAUUUCAUUGAGCCCAAGAUAAAGCUCGGGUUGCCAGGACGGAUGCUUAUAUGUGCGGAGACUGCUCGAUGCCUCUUCCGGUUUGCGAGAGACGAAAUACAGGGUUUUCCACCCUUCAUUAUUUGUUCAUUCAUAUUAAAGCUUUUCAUGUUAUGCUAACCACCACUAAGCCUUGUGAAAACAAUAAAACUGUGUAAUAACAUUUUCCUUACACAUGUCUGAAGACAAUCAAUAAAUUAGGCCUUGUUUUACUUCAAGCUUCUUUUUCAUAUAAGUGCGUGUAUUUGUAUCAAUUUUUACCUAUCUCCCCGUGUUUUAUAAUUACUAUAAAUAAUUGCAUGAAUAGUAUUUUCGUAUACCGGUA